AUGAGAAAAUUCUGGAUACUGAGCCUGGCGGUCAUCACUUACCUCUUAUUCUCGUACACCAAUAUCUUCAAGGUCUUAAAAGCUGGCCUGAGACGUGGAGAGGCUGAUAACACGUAUGAUGGGUUUUAUUUCUCGAACACAGAGGUGGAUUUGGGCUACAGGAAGCGACAUGGAGGUCAGGAAUGGAGGGAAAUUGUGGGGUCAUGGAACCAUCACUACCAGGUGAAGUCACAAAUAGAAGGUGAUGUGGUGAACACGUACCCUGACGAGGUGACGUUCCUAGUGGAGGAGUCAGAGGCUUGCCGGGACCCUCCGCUGGUGCUGGCCAUGGUGGUGACGGCUGUUACUAACUGGCACCGACGACACUUCAUCCGUCACACCUGGGGUCACCCAGCCCUCGUCCAGGUCACGGGAGUCAAGCCACUGUUCGUAAUGGGUCAAGUGAAUGAUAAGAAACAUCAGGAUUCUGUGAUGCGAGAGUCACAGCAACAUCAUGAUGUGGUACAGGCUAACUUCAUCGACUCUUAUCGGAACCUCACCUACAAGACAAUGGCUCUGUUAACAUGGGCAGCCCAACAUUGUCCACUCGCUCCAGUCAUCCUUAAAAUAGACGAUGAUGUUAUUCUCAAUCCAGUGGCACUGCGAGAAUUCCUUCUAGUUUACUUGCAGGAACACCCACAGCCUACUAGGAUCAUGGGUAAAGUAAGAUGUUGUGACCCAGUGCUGAGGAAAGGGAAGUGGGGAGUGCCAGAGGAUAUAUAUCCAAAGAAGGGAUAUCCUACCUACGUGGCAGGGCCUUCAUACAUAGUGCCCACACCCAUCAUACCUACCCUACUGCAAGCCAUCAAGAGAACUAAAUAUGCUUCUCAUGGGUUCUUCAGGUUCUUCUUCCUGGAAGAUGUUUACACGACGGGUCUAGCAGCUAAGACCAGCGGUGUCCAUCAUUACAACAUCUUCUCCCUCACUAAUUCAUUUGCCAGCAAGAUGGACUACUACUGGUGCUCCGGAGCCAGAGUCUUCCAGGAGAAUGUUGAUAUGAAACAAGCAAUACAGGGAUGGAAUGCUCUACGAAUAUUGGAAAACCUUACCUACAUUCCACCUUAUGUCUUGGGAACCAGCUGA